CCCCCCACCUUUCCGGCUGCGCGAUCUCUCGCAUUGUAUCACUACUUGAAAUUGUGAGCAAUCGCGUCCAAACCAGACUCACAUCAUCCUCUUAGAAUGUUAGAGGCAUUCAGGUCCCGAAAAAGCGGACGAGCCCCAAACUUACUUACCGAGUCAACGAAACAAGAGGAAGACGUUAGUGGAAUUCUCACCAAAAAGCACGCUACCGAGAAACGGGAACAUCGCGAGUGCAAGACAACAAAUUUCAGGAAAGCGGUGCACGUUGACCCGGUCGUCAAGAGCGUCUACCGCUUCGUCGACAAAAAGUCGUUUCUGAAUUGGGGACUCACUUCUGAUUGGUUGGUGAGUGGUCCGCGUAAACGUCGUUCCUCUCUUCUGGCACUUGACGACAGGUCAAGUAGUAACAAAAGUGCGACAAGUACUUUUGUCAAAGAUAGCAGGGAGAAUGCAGAUAGCGAUGCAUCCAGUGAAGGAUAUGGUGAAAUGACCGAGGGAUCUAUUGAACGACUGCUCAUUUUUUUAAAAUCGAUUACCGCUAAAACGCUAGCUGUACCACUUCCUAUAUCAACCCAUCCUGAAGAAGAAUUAAAGUCGAGGGCAACUUCUUGCGAAGCUCAAAAUUUAGCGUCUGAACCGGAUCCGAGCUGGAAUUUGACUCGGUUUAGCAGCUUCAUCGAUAUUGGGAGUGGGUAUGGUAAGGUUGUCCUUCACGCUAAGUUAUCUGCGAGGGUUCAAUCUGCCGUCGGCAUCGAAUACGUUGCGUCACGAGCGGCAAUGGCGUCAGAGACCAUAAAAGAACUCACUUCCAGGCGGCAAUCGUUUCUAAAUAACGAAACGCAAACACUUCUUAGAUCCGGCUGCAGAUUUGAGCUUGGUGAUGCCACGAAGUAUGGAACGUUCGACUUUUCUCAUGUCUACAUGUACGAUAAAGUUUUUUCUGAACGAACGACAUCCCUUCUUGCGAAGCAGUUGAACCAGUCGUCUUACAGGGUUCUUGUGAGUUACCAAAGAGUCGAGGUUUGGCGCCGACUAGGGUUGCAAAACAUCGCUGAAAUUGCUGCACUUACGAUGAGGACGACGGGUGGACAGAAUUUUAGGGCGUAUGUAUACAUCAAGACAACAAUUAUAUAAUCUAAGCUGCAGGAUAUAUUUACGUUUAUUGGCUAUGUUGGCGCGUGCGAUGCGCUACGUUAUGCGGAAGUGUAUGCGCUCAUCAUGGAUUUUCAAGAUGUCACGUGAGUGGAACUCACAAGUGCAUCCAAUAUUGCGAAAUUAUAGAUAGAAGAUUACUUAAAGAAUCAAUUCAAAUGCAUACUGAAUACCACAUGCUGCACUC